UCAUCACCAACAAACAUUACAAAACAAAAGCUUUUCUAAGAGGAGCUUAAUGGCUUAUCAUACAAUGAGCUUCCGCCGUCACACAUCUUUGUUCAUUUUUCUUUUCGGCUUCGUUGGAUUAAUCUCUUUUCCGGUUGAUGCAGCAAUAAAGAAAUAUCAAUUUGAUAUUCAAAUGAAGAAUGUGAGUAGACUAUGCCAUGCAAAACCAAUAGUAACGGUAAACGGAAGGUUUCCAGGGCCAACGAUUUACGCAAGAGAAGGAGAUAGAGUACAAAUCAAUGUCACCAACCAUGUAAACUAUAACAUAUCAAUUCAUUGGCAUGGACUUAAACAAUAUCGCAACGGUUGGGCUGAUGGACCAGCUUAUAUAACUCAAUGUCCAAUUCAAACUGGUGGAAGCUACACUUAUGACUUCAAUGUGACAGGACAAAGAGGAACCUUGUGGUGGCAUGCUCAUAUUCUUUGGUUGAGAGCUACUGUUUAUGGUGCAAUUGUUAUCAUGCCUAAACUAGGAACUCCUUUUCCUUUUCCACAACCUGCUAGGGAAUUCGAAAUUGUACUAGGAGAAUGGUGGCACAAAGAUGUCGAAGAGGUUGAAAAACAAGGGAACCAAAUGGGGUUGCCGCCAAAUAUGUCAGAUGCACAUACAAUCAAUGGAAAGCCCGGACCACUUUUUCCUUGCUCCGAGAAACAUACAUAUGCAAUGGAGGUUGAGAAGGGAAAGACAUAUCUACUAAGAAUCAUCAAUGCAGCACUUAAUGAUGAACUUUUCUUGUCCAUUGCUGGUCACAACAUGACAGUAGUUGAGGUUGAUGCAGUUUACACAAAACCAUUCACAACACAAUCAAUUCUAUUAGGCCCUGGUCAAACCACAAAUGUUCUUGUCAAAGCAAAUCAACUUCCAAGCAGAUACUUCAUAGCUACAAGAACUUUCAUGGAUGCACCAGUCUCGGUUGAUAACAAAACAGCAACAGCUAUAUUUCAAUACAAAGGAGUUUCAAACACUAUCAUCCCUUCAUUUCCUCAACUACCUAACGCAAAUGACACAAACUUUGCUUUGGAUUAUAGCAAAAAGUUAAAGAGUUUGAAUUCUGCUAAAUAUCCUGCUAAUGUUCCUCUCAAUGUUGACAGAAACCUUUUCUACAUCAUUGGUUUAGGCAUGAACUCUUGCCCUACAUGCAUCAAUGGAACACGUUUAGUUGCAUCUCUUAACAAUGUUACUUUUGUGAUGCCGAAAACCGCGCUUCUUCAAGCUCAUCAUUUUGAUAUCAAGGGUGUUUUCAGAACUGAUUUUCCUGAUAAGCCUUUGAGUGCUUUUAACUAUACCGGCGUGCCAUUAACCGCGAACCUCGGUACUUCGACGGGAACAAGAGUUAGCAAGAUUGUGUUUAAUUCUACAGUGGAGCUGGUUUUGCAGGAUACUAAUCUUCUCACUGUUGAAUCACAUCCAUUUCAUCUUCAUGGUUAUAACUUUUUUGUUGUUGGAACUGGUGUUGGUAAUUUUGAUCCGGCCAAAGACCCUGCUAAAUAUAAUUUGGUUGAUCCUAUGGAAAGGAACACCGUUGGCGUUCCAACCGGUGGUUGGACCGCAAUUCGAUUCAGGGCCGAUAACCCAGGUGUUUGGUUCAUGCAUUGUCAUUUGGAGUUACACACUGGUUGGGGAUUAAAAACAGCUUUUGUUGUGGAAGAUGGACCUGGAAAAGAUCAAUCUGUUCUGCCACCACCAAAGGAUCUUCCAAAAUGUUAGCCAUGGAAGAAAUUGUGAAAGAGUUCAGAUUGUAUUCAACAGUGCUAUUCAUUAAUGUGGAAUAAUAAUAAUAAUUAACUUUUAUUAUUUGAUAAUAUUUUCUGCAAAAGUUGCAGUUAUUUUUUAAUUUCACGAUUGAGUGAGAGACAAUGCAAGCAAAAGAUUUGGACAAUGUAUAAAAUUGUUAUUGAUUGUUAUUUUUUAUCUUCUUU